GUCCUAUUGGGUGUCAUGCAGCAGUGAACAGUUUUUGUGAAUUUUAAGCUUUUUUGUUUUUGCUUGCAUCAUAAGGAGUCAGUUUUUGAAGAGGCUGGAGAAAAGACAUUUAUUGAUCAAGUUUUUAGUGCCGUUGUGCUGAAGGCCUCACACUUCCAAGAUGAGCUGGUCCUUCCUGACGAGGCUCCUUGAGGAGGUCCAGAACCACUCCACGUUUGUUGGCAAAGUCUGGCUGAUGGUCCUCGUUGUUUUCCGCAUUGUUUUGUUGGCAGUUGGUGGUGAACCUAUCUACCAUGAUGAACAAAGCAAGUUCAUGUGUAACACUCAGCAACCUGGUUGUGAGAAUGUUUGCUACAAUUCCUUUGCACCUCUCUCCCACAUCCGGUUCUGGGUUUUCCAGAUCAUCAUGAUCACAGUGCCAUCCGUUAUAUACCUGGGCUAUGCCAUACACCGGAUAGCCCGGAUGGAGGGUGCCCAACAGCCAAAACCCAAGCGAAAGACGCCCAUUGUGCAUCGGGGAGCUGCUCGGGAUUACGAGGAGGCAGAAGGUGAUGAUGAGGAAGACCCCAUGGUCUGCGAGGAGAUUGAGCAUGAACCUGAGACUGAGGCUGACAAGAAAGCUCCUGAGAAGAAGCCACAUGAUGGCAGGAGGCGUAUCAAGGAAGAUGGGCUCAUGAAGAUGUAUGUUUUCCAGCUCCUAAUGAGAACUCUGUUUGAAAUUGGUUUCUUGGCUGCCCAGUAUUUUCUAUAUGGGUUUGAGGUGCUCCCUGGCUUUGUGUGCAGUACGAUUCCUUGUCCGUACACCGUUGACUGUUUUGUGUCACGUCCCACAGAGAAAACCAUCUUCCUGUUGGUCAUGUAUGUGGUCAGUGGUCUCUGCUUAGUGCUCAACAUUGCUGAGCUCUUCCACCUUGGCCUUGGUGGCAUCAGGGAUGGCUUGAGGGGCAGGCGGCUGGCCUCCCAGCUCUAUUACUCCACCAGGGGUGCCCCCUAUGCCCCUCCGGGCUACCACUCUGUGCUUUACAAGGACAAGACCAAGCUGGGCAAUGGGAACAUGCCAUACCACAACAACUUUGGUGCCCUAGGACCAGAGAGUUUUGAAAUGUCUGAGAUGGUUCACCGACACCUAAAGCUUGCUCAGGAACAACUGAAUAUGGCAUAUCAAGCAACAGGAGAGCUCCCUCUCCAACCGAGAAGGGGCGUCCUUGAGUCAAAUUGUCCGACUGCUGAGCAGAACCGACUGAAAUUUGGUCAGGAAGGCGAAAGUGCAUGUCCUGAAAAAACAGGUCUGCGUGGGUGAUGCUGAUGGGAUGGGCUCUUCGACCUUGAGAUUCAGAGAGAGUCGAUGCUUGAAGAACAAAGGGACCUUAACUGGAAAGAUUCACAUUUCAUUCUCAUUCCUUCGGCUUUAACAUCACCAACUUGCAAAAGCAAAACUACUGGAAAGGACUGGGUUAGGAGGGGACACUGAAUUUCGGGCUGGGUGUGAGGGCAGGGCAACGGGGAUGAGGGUGAAAGUUUAGACAAACUUGUCAAGUGCUGAGAAUUUUAAGUCCAGUAAUUGUUGGAUUGACUGUAGGGUCCAAGACAUAUCUUGUAGUGUUUGAGGCACUGAGACCCAGGUUUUAUAAUUGAAACGGAGGCCCCUUGCCUGGGGACUGAAGAUGGAGCUGAAGGGCUGACCCUCUCCUUAAACAGGUAAAAUCUAAUAGAACUGGUUGAGCCAGAUAGAUCAUAGCUUUUCCUUUUCAUUAUUUCAUUAUUGAUCAUUCAGUUUGUUUCUCUGGUCUUGGGUUAGUUAAAUUCUUCAUGAAAUCUUUACUUGUGGUUGGGUUUAGGUAAAUAUUAACAAAAAGUUAAUCUGUGUAGUGAUAGGACAAUUAAUGACAAAUUGUUUUGUUUAGUCAUAGAACAUACAAGAAUCAUAUUAUUUUGAGCGAGAGCAACAAUGAACAGAGUUAAUUUUGUUGAUGAUCUUAUUUCUUACUUUGGUGCUUUUGAUACACUGUUUUGCUUCAUUUGUGACUAUUUCACUGGUUGGGGCCUACUGAGCCUUCUCCAGCAGGUUGCCAUGCUUACCAGGUUGUUUUUGGAUGUGUGUGUGUUUCCUCUUUCUUCCUCUGUCAACUUAAACGUUUGUUAUUAUUCUUCAUGUGAUUUAUGUUUGUAUUUUUAAAAAAAUAUCAUUCAUUGUAAGUUUGGGUUUUUUGAGUUUGUAACUGGUGGGUUUUCUAUAUAUCUGAAGUUAAUAAUUAACUUGUCAGUAUUUCUAUAGCCAUGGUGAUUUUCUUUAAAACAGUUUUAAGGUUUAGCUUUAGAAUUAUUAGGUAGUUUUUGCAUGUUGAUAGGGUUUACGACCAAACAAAAUAAACAAGCUUCAGUCUAGAAGAUCCAAGAGAGGAUUUUUUAAGCUUAAGGGAAAUAUCCAUAGAAUGGGAAUAUUUUUCCCUAGUUUGAGUCAUCCUGUGAAAUCCUUUACUAAAGGUGGCUGUAUAAAGAAAGUCCUUGAGAAGGAUAUAGUGCAACCAUACUAUCUUAAGAGGAAAGCAUUAGAGAUAAUCCCAGAUCAAAACGUUGGGAUAAAACUUUUAAGGGGUUCCUUGAAGCUGAGUGUUUAAACUCAGGUACAUAAUAGUUCCAGGAAGCAAUGUAUCUGCAGUUCCAGUCUUUAAAUUGAAGUCACCAAGUGACUUAAUUGCACUCAAGUGUUAGAUUCAGGAAUUCUGGUCUGAGUACUAUGUGAGUAAUGCUUUUAGGUAAGAUACACGGGGUGUUUUUUUAAUACUGUAAGAGUAGUGUGCUUUGGAUACUACAAAAAAGCUGUUGUUUUUCUUUUCAAUAUAUAAAGGAGUGCUUUGGGAUUAAUGGGAUUAUACUUUUGCUAUUUGUUUAAAAACCUUUGAAUUUGUAUUAUAGAUAGUUUACUUUAUUCAAUUUUUUCCUCAUUUCUUUUGAUAAUAAACAUUUGGUUUAUUGUUAAAGUAAAA